AUGGCCUCAGAAAAUAAUCAUUUUCACAUCUUUCAAUGGCGUUUCAUUGACAUAAAUCACUCAGACUUGCACUCAUAUAGCCAUGCCUUCUUCCUCCUACUUUUCUUCUUCUCCGUUAUCAUUUUGCUCGUCACAUUGUUCCUUCUCGCCCACUUGUGUCGCCGGCACUACCUUGUUGUGGCCUCUCCCGCACCGCCUGCUGCUAAACUUCAGUGGGGUAAGUUUGAGAUGGAAGCAGUGGAGAAUAAGAGUGUGGGAGACCUAAAUGUAGAAUGCUGCAUAUGUCUGAAUGUGUUAAAGGAAGGUGGGAAGGUGAAGGUUUUGCCAGAAUGUGAGCAUGCUUAUCAUUCAGAGUGUGUAGAAAUGUGGUUAAGUGCAAACCCUAGUUGUCCUCUUUGCAGGGCUUCACUUGAUAAAUUUAUGAGUAGAAAUGCUAUCAAUAAUAACACUGUAUGA